AGUCAGUCUAACUCCGUCCGUUGAUAUCUCCGGGUGCUCUCCACCCUACCCUCCCCCUCCAUACCACACCAGUCAUACCACUUCCUCUUUUCUCUACAGUCAUACACCGACCAUUACUCUGAUGAUGAGAAUGUAUUCUUAAAUCCAUCCUCUAUAGGCUGGAAAGAUCGAGCCUGUCCUGGUCAGACUGAAACGGUGAAUUUAGCUCCGUGCUUGAAAUUAUCUCUUUGUGGUGCGUAUUUAAAGUAUGUGAUUGGAGCUAAAUAUAAGAUUGAAUUCAUUGGUUGGAAUCUUACGGUUUAACUGGGGUCAGAUAUAUUGCAGAAAUAUUCCUAGAAACCCUGAGACUUUUUCAGUGGUGACACAAAUCCUGCUCAGGGUACUACUUACAAGAGAGAUAUCGUCCUUCUCCGGUAGUGAACAGUAUGUGUCAGUGAAAAAUGAGAGUUUACAUCUUUUGUCUCCUUCUCUCACUAACCCUUCCGUCCUCUCCCCUAAUAUUUUUCAAAGGUUGGGGAUGGAAGGGAGGAGAAAAAUCACGUUCAGGAAAACAACUUGAACCCCUGGAUUCAUACAACUCUCAGGAGAGGAAGAUUAAGAUUUCGAACCUAUCUUUUCAGCAGAUCAUGGAGUUCAAGCAACUCGGGAAAUACCAGUUAGAACAGAUACGGAGUCAACUGGAUACUGAGUUCUGGAAGAAGAAUACUGAUAUGAAUAUAAAGUAUCAGCUGCAGAAGUUUGGAAUACUCAGAUCUGAUAAAACUGACAGAUCUGACAACAACACAAGAUGCUAUCACGAGAUUGGUUGUAUUGAAAUAUCAGAAAGAUGGUAUGGUUUGACACGACCCGUGAACCUCCUCCCUCUUGAUAGAGAAGUGAUAAAUACUCAGUUUAUUCUCAGGACUCAGGAUAAUCUCCAGGAACGGAUCAUAAAUGUCUCCGAUCCCAAAUCUCUGACCGAAGCUGGGAUGAAUGGGUCCAAACCACUGAAACUUAUAAUUCAUGGUUUUAUUGAUACAGGAUUUGAAGUCUGGGUAAAGGAUUUGUCGGAGGCCUUGUUAGGUUUGGAUGAAUAUACUCAUUCCUACUGUCAAAGAGAGAUGGGGGGUAGAAGGGAUUUUUUACCCCUGUACAGCCAAGCAGCAGCUAACACUAGGGUUGUCGGUCUGGAGGUGGCAUUCUUCAUAAACAAACUAAUUGAGGAUCAUGGAUUAACAGCCGAGAAUGUUCACAUAAUCGGGCAUUCUUUGGGAGCUCAUAUAGCAGGAUAUGCUGGAGAACAGGUUCAGGGGAUGGGACGGAUAUCAGGUCUGGAUCCUGCUGAACCCUUGUUCCAAGGUAUGCCUGAAUUUGUAAUCCUUGAUCCAUCAGAUGCUCUUUUCGUUGACGUUAUUCACACUGAUGCCAAAAGCAUCAUUAUGGGAGGGUACGGGAUGAAGCAGGCGGUUGGAGACAUAGAUUUCUAUCCUAACGGAGGAGAGUUUCAACCUGGAUGCUCCAUCCUCUCCUUUCCUAUGCUCUCCUCCAUAACAGUUGAAGAUAUGGAUCUUCCAACCCCGGAGAGCGUGAGCAGACAUCUUGUAGCCUGUGCGCACAACAGAGCUGUCCAGCUGUAUAUUGACUCUAUACGGAGAGGAAGAACCUGCACUAUGAUAGGACAUCUGUGUAGUUCCUAUGAAGAGUACCAGGACGGGAAUUGUUUACAAUGUGGAGAGGACGGAGAGCGUUGCUCCGUUCUUGGAUAUCAUUCGAGUAAACAUAGUGCCUGGAAAAAGGGAGAUGCAAGAACAAUGUACCUGGAUACAGCAGGGACAUCACCCUUCUGUAGACACAAUUAUGUGCUUGAGUUAGAGCUGGGAAGAUCUCGGGAUAUAGAGGAUUGGGUGCAGGGUGAGCUUAUUAUUAACCUGUACGGAGAUAGAGGAGAGAUAAUUAAACACAGACUAACUCCAGAAGAGGAGUCAAUACAAUUUUUCCACGGAAAGAAAAAAGAAUUUAAACUUUCUCUUCAGAAGAACAUUGGAGUGGUUUCUAUAGCUGAGGUGUAUUGGGAGUAUGAUCAUGAAAUUGAUCCGUUUGAUCUUGGGAAAAUGUGUUUCAUGUUUUGUUCUGAUAAACUUUUCUUAGAGAAUAUUGCAAUUACCUCUAAUGGAAUGCUGCAGAUAUUUAGUUUUUUAAUUAAAUAA